AUGUGGGUUUGGGCGUGUGGUCGUCGAAGCGCGAACGGAGGAGGAAGGAGGAAAGAGGGUCGAAGGGCGCUCACACGCGAGCCAGUCUUUGUGCGCGGAGGUUGGGAGAUUGAAGGGUGGCGCAGCCGGGAAGCGGGCAGGCGGGUUGCUCAUGGAGGCGGAAGAAAGCGCGUGCGAGGCGCACGGGGCUCGUCGCAGCUGGCGCAGGUGAAGGAGAUUUUUGACCAUGAUGGUCGCUUGCAGUCGUGGGACGCCCAACGAGACUGCUCCACGUGGCAGUUCGUGGCGUGCAACGCGCAGGGCCACGUGAUCGCGAUCUCGCUGCGGGACUUCAAGGCGAACGUGACGGCGCUGCCGGACGGCCUCUUGUCGCUGCAAUACCUCACCUACCUCAAUCUGGCGAACAACUACUUCCGCGGCUCCUUCCCGUCCGUGCUCACGCUCCUCACCAACCUGCAGACGCUCGAUCUGAGCGCGGCGCCGCUAGGGUUUGGCGCGUGGGGCGUGACGGGAUCGCUACCCGAUGGCAUCUCCGUGCUCUCGCGCCUCACUGCGCUGUCGCUGGCGUACAACCGUCUGUCGGGGUCGCUGCCCAACGCCAUCGCGUCGCUCGUCAACCUGCGCAGCCUCAAUCUGUCGUUCAACUACUUCUCCGGCUCCCUGCCAGCUGCGCUUGGCGACCUUCCUGUGCUGGAAGACCUCGAUCUGACGAGCAACGACUUCUCAGGACCCGUUCCCAACUCCUUCUCCGGCCUCCAGACUCUCCAGACCCUGGCGUUGAGUUCAAAUGGCUUCUCGGGACCGCUGCCCAACGUGCUCACCAUCGCCACCAACCUGCAGUCGCUGUCGUUGAGUUUCAACGCGUUUGAGGGCUCCAUUCCCCGCGGCAUCACGUUGCUGUCCACCCUCCGAGUGCUGGAGCUGGCACAUGCGAACAUCUCAGGGGACUUUCCCUCCAUGGACCGAUGGACCAACCUCGUUGCCCUGGAUCUAUCUUUCGCGAGUGGGCUGCGCGCGGUGCCUCUCUCCCUGGGCUUCCUUACCAACCUCACUAGACUGUCCAUAGAGCGCAGUGGGCUCACAGACACGCUCCCCACGCAGUUGUGUGGCUUGUGGCAGCUGCGACAACUGUCCCUGGCGCACAACGCCAUAUCGGGGGUUCUUCCUGACUGCAUGGGCAACCUGCAGGCACUUGAAUCACUGGACUUGAGUCACAACAGUCUCGCCUCCAGUCUCCCCACCACCAUAGGCAACCUGCGGCAAAUCACCGCUAUCAAGCUGGCGUUCAACUCGUUUGAGGGGCCGCUGCCUACGAGCCUGCAAGCGCUCUCAUUCCUGCAGCACCUGUCGUUGAGUCACAACGCAUUGACAGGGCCGCUGCUACCCGGGCUGGCUGCAAUCACAGGGCUCACAGCACUGGACAUGAGUGACAACUCCUUCAACGGCUCCCUCCCACUCGAGUUCGCCUCACUCUCAUCACUCUCCAUUCUCUCUCUAGCGCGGUCAGGCAUAGCAGGAGCGCUGCCACAUCGAUUCAACUACUCCACGCUCCUCCUACUGGAUCUGAGCGGCAAUCGCCUCAGGGGAGAGCUACCUCGGGGAUUUUUCCCUGCUCUAAGCCUCCUCAAUCUGGGCUCCAACCGGCUAGUGGAUGACGUGGAUUCCUUCUUUGCUCGCGCACACGCUCCGCAGCUGCAGUCCUUGUUGCUAGGCAACAACACGCUAUCAGGCUCACUCCCGGACUUCACGUCUGUAUCGCCAGCGCUGUACCUAGCAGCGUUCAACGGCAACGCCAUCAUGCACACGCCCAAGCAGCUGCUCUCCAACUCCUCGCUGCGCCUCAUCCUAUCAGACAACCCAGUGUGCAUCGACCCAUCACCAGCCUCCCUCGCAGCGUGCUCCCCGCCGUCGCAAGACCAGCUCUCCUGGACCGGCAUCCCCGUACCAGCAUGCAUCAACACCACGUGCCAAUUCGACACCCUUGCGCCAUCGCCGCCGGUGUAUGCGGCGCGGGCCGUGUGUGUGUGCGUGCCGGUGGCUGCUCUGGACCUGCUGCUGCUCGUGCCGCCGGUUGCGGCGUUCAAUGGCGCGGUGGCGGGGCGUCUGCAGGCGGCUCUUGCCGACGCUGUUGCCAUGCCUCGGGAACAGUUGAGGAUGCACGAGGCGGAGGCGGUGGCGCCAUCACAGCAGAGGGUGCGCGUGCACGUGUACCCGCCUGCUCUCUCCGACCCAGACGCUGCGCUCGCACAGCUCAAGGCGUCGCUGCGCCUGCUGCGCGCCGCGCUGCCCAUGCGCCUCGACUUCUUCGGACCCGCGCAGGAGAUGGUGGAGGACCCGCGAGUAGUGAGUCCGCUUGCUGCACUCAACGCAUCCACCACUGCCAACUCCACCAACUCCCCUUCAG